CAAACCUCGAACGCAGCAUGCAGCACUGUCUACAACACCUGUUUAACUCCGGUCGUUAAAAGUCCGUAUCAUUGUCGUCGAUACAUCAAUUCCCACUAUCCAUUGCGCGCGUGUUCGUGUCAUUCUCUGCGGUCAUGGUAACCGAGGGCUCGCUGGGAAAUAGAGUCGUCUCUCCGCAUCUCCCAUUUUCCACAGGUUUCGCGAGAUUUACACAGGCGGGUUGGAGUGUGGCAACAUUUCUCUGCCAGACGAACUGAACACUAGUGAUAUGAAAUCUGCGUAAAGUAGCCUUUGAAUUUCUGGAGGCAUGUCCAAGAAAAGGGGCAGAAAGCGGAGUAGCGGGGAGCUGAGUGACAUGUUGACCCCGGAUCCCAACAGCAUUCUGGGAGUCCGCAUUCAGCAUAACUGGCGCGAGAAGGGCAACCAGAGCAAAUGGAAGGGAACAGUGCUCGACAGGCUUAGUGUGAACCCUUCUCUCUUCAUGGUGAAGUAUGACGGCUUUGACUGCGUCUACGGCAUCGAGCUGUUCAAGGACGAGAGAGUGUCGAACCUACAAGUCCUGUCGGAAAAAGUUGUUAACAACAAGAUCAAGAUACCACCAGGGGCGGAGGAGCUGGUGGGCAAAGCUGUGGAGCAUCUGUUCGAAAAAGAAGAUGGAGAGAAGAACGAGUGGAGAGGCAUGGUCCUCUCCAGAGCUCCAAUCAUGACCAACUGGUAUUAUAUCACUUAUGAAAAGGACCCCGUUCUUUAUAUGUACCAGCUAUGGGAUGACUACGCUGAUGGAGAUCUCAGGAUUCUGCCUGAAGCAGAAAACAAGCACCUGUUGCCUGCAGACAGGAAGCCAGGAGAAGAGACGGAGAGUCUGGUGGGGAAACAAGUGGAGUAUGUUACUGACAAGGGUGUGAAGAGAACGGGCCUGGUCAUCUACCAGGUCCCUGCCAAGCCCUCUGUCUACUAUAUCAAAUAUGAUGAUGACUUUCAUAUCCAUGUCUAUGACCUGGUCAAAACCACCUAGAGAUAGUGGACACUUUAUCUCACUCCCCAGCCUCCGUCCAUCUGCUUCUGUUCCACUCAUUGUUAUAAUCUUGUUCUUCAAAGCCAUGGCAAGGUUGAAUAGUUGAUACGCUUCAUUUUUCGGAAGAAAGUGCAAUCUGUUUUUCAUAUGCACAGCAAAACUGUAGCACCGCUAUGCUUGGCUAUUCUGAGGAGAGGGAGUCGACUUGUUUUAAUGUUGCUGCUGUACUUUAUACUUUAAGUUUGGACAGUCCAAGAUUGCACUGCCCAACAGCUGCAACGUGCGGUUGGUAAUGAAUUUGCAUUGUUGUCCCUGAGAUAGUCGCUGAUCUGACUUUAAAGUAAUUAUCUUUAUUAAAUCCCAGUGUGUAAUAAGAAAGCUGCACUUCUUUGGCUCAUCUAAAUAGCUAAUAAGAAUGAUAUACAGGUUAUAUUUGGGACAGAUGUCUUCCACUGAGGCAUUUAUUGAAUGAAAUGGGCAGAUAAAUCAUGUACUGUACUUAUCUGCCCAUAUUAUUUAAUAAUUUAGUGUGAGGACUGGAAGGGAUGAAUGAAAGCAGCAUUAUCAAAUCACCUGAAUGGAGCACUUAUAUUUUCAAACGCCUUUUAGAUGAAUUAUGCUCAUGUGUGAAUCAACUCCAGCACCUUUGCACCAUGUUUAGUAUUGUAUCAGAUCAUUUGUAAUGGUGAUGAGGAUGCAGUUUGCUAAAUUCUCAUUUCAAUUUGAUCCCACACAAAUCAUAAAGUGCCUUCUGGCUUGUCAUUCUGCAAUAUUGUACAUAUUCUAUCUCCGACUGUCUACGACACUGACAGCUUGAGGAAAGUUUUGCAGCCAUCAGUUCUUAUUAGUGCUGUGUUUUGCUCAUAAUGCGGUAUGACCAUGUUCUUAAAAUAUAACCCAUCUUCCUUGGUUGUGUAAUCUCACUGUGGAUAUUGUGGGGAGCACUUUAUUGUAUGAAGUUCGUGUUUAGUUUAUGGUACGCUACAUACCAUAGUUUCCCCAAAUUGCUUUUUCCUUGAGAGCAAAUGUGGCAAAAUAAAUGCUUUAUAUCACACGCAUGUAUAAAAAAAGAAGAAAAAAAUUGUUGCAAUCCAGAUGACAGUAUUUAAUAUGUACAACUUGUGUAAAACGCCUUGUAAUGUUGCCUGUUGUGAUUACUCUCAUUUAUACAAAUAUCUCAUCAAAACACCAGCUUUUAGUGAAAAGGUCAUUAUUAAACAUGAAUUAUAAACUGAAUAUUUAACAGGUAUAAUCAACCGGCAAACCAGUUUGUUGACAGUAACUAACUCUCGGUCUAGUCUUUAUAACUUUGUCUUGCAGACAUGACAUGUAUGCUUGCAAUAUGGUAUUGGUAUUUAUUUCAUCCCACCUUUGUCACUAUGUCCUAGUUGCUGAAUUGGUCUUGGCGUCCUUCAAAUCAUUCAUUGUAUCUCUCAGUAAACUAGUCAAUGAGUAAAUAUACUAUUACUGUUAUUUUUGGCUGUCAGAACUCUGCAUGCAUCAUCUGAUGAGUGUGUGGAGAUUUUCAAACCUUAUUUUGACUGUAGAGAAGUGACUGUGGGGCAGAAUUGGUACGGUUUGUUUAACCCACAUU